GCUCUGGUCUCGACUCUGAUCUCGACUCUGAUCUCGACUCUGAUCUCGACUCUGAUCUGCAGAUCGUCCGUCUCGCCUGCGUCUCGCUAUACCCAUGCCCGAGCGAUCGAUCGCAACCUUGGAUCUCCCAGCCGCCGUCCGCACCCGUCUGCUGCGGGCUGGAUUUCGAAGCAAGCAUCAUCUGGUUUCCCUCUCGGCCGCUCAGCUGGCCAAAGAAACCGGGAUAUCCUUGGAUGAGUCGACCCGGAUCCUGCAGCGGCUGCAGCCGCCUUUCGAUCUCGAUGCUGCCGCCAAGAGCAUUCAGCCAUCUUCCCUUGCUUCUCGAUCCGCUCGCGCCGCCAUUUCGACAUCGUCUGUCGAUCUGGACCGGAUCCUCCGCGGCGGAAUCCCAGUCGGCCAAGUGACCGAGAUAUCCGGCUCCUUUGGCAUCGGCAAGACACAGAUCGGCAUGCAGCUUUGCGUCAAUGCCCGCAUACCUGUCGAGUGCGGUGGCCCGGGAGGCGAGGCCGUUUACAUAGAUACGGAGGGAAGCUUUGCGCCUGAGCGCAUCGCCGACAUGGUUCUGCACACCACUGAGCAGCUUCAACGCCAGUACUCGUUGCCGGCGCAUCGGCUGUCUCUGCAGACCUUCUUGUCAGGGAUACACAUCUUUAGGGCCCACGACUCUGAUCGGCAGCUCGAGAUCCUCCAGCACCUCGACCAGUUCUGCGCCGAUCGCAAUGUCUCUCUGGUUGUCCUUGACAGCGUGGCAUACCAUUUCCGCCAGGGGUCGACGGACACAAGGCAUCGGUCACGGAUGCUGCAUCUCAUGUCGCAGAGCAUGAUGCGGACCGCCAACAAGCACCAUCUCGCGAUCGUUGCGAUGAACCAAGUAACCACAGCCAUUUCUCCGAACGAUCCAGAGCGAACGACGCUGGUGCCCUCGCUGGGAGAGUCGUGGACGCAUCUCGUAACCAACCGGAUCAUCGUUGCAUGGCGUGGCGGCCAGAGAAUGGCCACCGUCGCCAAGUCGCCUUUCCUCGACAGGGCCUCGGGCUGGUUCGACGUCAAGGUACCGCAGCCGGUGUUGCUGCUGCUGCCGAUCCUGCAUCUGGCUCGUGCCCCUGCAAAACACUAAUCCUGCUGUUAUUUGCUGCUGCCGUCCCACAACAUCCGUUCCGCCGCCUCCAUUACUGUCGCGACAAAGCCCUCUGGCAUCGGCGACAUCGACACCCUCUCCCGCACCUCGGCCGUGCCGCAGAAGCGGCCAUUCGACAUGAUGGCCCAGCCCUGAUCGCCGCCCCGCAAUACACUCUGCAGCCGCCCCCGUCUCUGUCUGGAUCUCGCCGUGCGUCGGAUCUGUCGCUUGCUUGCUUGCCAACGGCGCUACUUGCGUCUUUUCUCCCCGCUCGUUCCCGCCCUUUGCCGGCUCCAACACGUCCUUGUUCGCUUUCAGUGCCACUCUGUUUGGAUUGCUCGAU